AUGUCCAAGACUGGAGAAACGAAUAUUAAAGGAAAAAGAAAAGGAAGGAAAGUAACAUUAGUCAAGAGAAUUGCUCCCAAGCGUCCAGCAGAUGUUGUAGUGAGAUCUACUAAGAAAAUUGUUCAAGAAACUGUUCAAGUAGCUGUAGUUCAACAACCAGAGGGAGACAGUGCUGAACAAGAUCCAAUGAAGACGGUUCCUGUUGAAGACAUAGCGGAGGACGAAGAAAGGAUAAUAACUGAAAUUUCUGCUGAACGGUUAAGCAAAGACAAAGCGCAAAAAGAACCGCACACAGUUCAAGUUCCAGUGGAAGCGCCAGGCAAAAACAAAGUGCAAAAAGGACAGGAGCCACAGCAAGUUUCCGCUGAAGAACCAAGCAAAGACAAAGCGCAAAAAGAACCAGGCAAUGAGCCCUCCAUAGCCUCAGAAGACCGAAGCAAAGAAGCACCCAAAGCUUUGGAAGUAGAAGACCCACCACUAAAGAAAGAAGAUGAAAAGAAGGAAAAGACAGGGGCCCAAGAACGAGAAGUGAAAAAGGAGGAAAAGAAAGGGAAGACUCGAGAACGGAAAGAGAGCAAUGAAAACCGCAAGAGAAAGAGAGGGAAGAGAAAAGAAUUCGAUGGCAAUGAAGCGUACAAGACAUACGUGUUCAGGAUACUAAAGCAGGUUCAUCCAGGGAUGGCGAUUUCCUCCAAGGCAAUGUCAGUGAUUAACAGCCUGAUGAAUGACAUGUUCGAGAGGAUUGCAGAUGAGGCGACCAAGCUGUCCAAGUGCAACGAAAGAAGGGCACUGUCUCCAAGGGAGAUUCAGGGGGCGGUGAGAUUAGUUUUGCCUGGAGAGCUCGGAAAACAUGCUGUGCCAGAAGGCAGUAAAGCUGUCACUAACUACGCAUCCUACAAUGGGAAACGGCCCAAGUUGAAUUAACUAUUGCUGGUUUUUUUACUUUGUUGUAAUGCAAUUAACAGCAUAACCACUCUUCUAGGAUGCUGCUAGAUUUUAGGUUUGAUGUUCCUUGUUGGCCCCUCUGCAUUUUGUUUUUGUACCAUAAUGGAAAGGGGGUUGUAAUUGUCAGCAUGUGGCCAGUUUGGUUGGGUUCCUACGAAGCCUUCAGUUUGUUGUUUUGCUGUCUGGUACAUGUUCCUUGCGAGUGGACAUGUUUUCUACUGCUGCUUCUACGCUACUUUUCAGUCUUGUCCUCUUGUUCCUGUGCUGGUUUGCUUGGUGAGAUUACUUGA